GUCCCUGAUCACCAAAUCAGACCUUACUCAAGUACUGUGUGAAAACUUAACUAAGCCAUUCCACCGUCCAUGAUAGGGUUUCUUUAUGGAGAACGGAGAACCAACAGAAACAGAUCAGAUGGAACAUAAUGAUGGACGCACACCAUUGGCAAACAUCUCAAACACCAUUACUAUAGCUGAUGAAAAUGGAUCGAAAAGGCUUGGUCCAAAUGUCGAUGCUAAGGAACGUAAGAGGCAAAGGGAAAGGGAAAGAUAUGCCGCGAUGACCGUUGAACAAAAAAACGAGAAAAGUAGAAAACGUCGUGAAGCAAGCCAACGAAAUAAAGGACCUCCUAUACAAACAGAGGGAUCUACAGUUAGUCUUUCAGAUGGCUGUAGCACAAUUGAUUUCACAAACUUUGCAACACAAGUUCCAAAUGUGAAUCGAGAUGAUGAUAGCGAUUGGUUGCAUAGGAAUGAGACAUUCAAGUCAGACGAUGUUUUCACAACAAGAGACCUUCUGACACCAGGCGGUGUGCAUGAAACUGUUGGUAACACGCCUAACCAUAAUUUGGGAAGGGCUGCCUACUUUAGAGAGCGGUACAAAAACUUAACUCCAGCCGAGAGGGAGCUUAAUCGUGAACGCCUUAGGUUGUAUAAUAAUACACCAAAGCGGAAAGGGUCAAAGAUAGAGUACAUAAGAAAACGUAGAGCACUGUUGGCUGACACAUUGAGUCAGGAGUCCAUCGCCAUGGAGUCCCCAACAUAUACCCCUGAGGUUGUACACCCUACAACAGAUGCAAUUGAACCUAAUGGAUCCGCUCUUACCCCCUGCGACUGGGUUAUCCCUGAUAUCGCCAGUAACCCGUUCCUACCAGCUUCAACACAGACCGAGGAUGCCGAUUCACUGCGUAUGUCUACUAGACCACUAAGACGUAAACAACAUGUGCCACGUGGUGAAAGACAAGCUAUCUUAGCCCAUCGAAACCGGCAAUUUGAAGCAUCCAUUUCAAGGAACAUGGCUACUGUGGCUGAGGAUAUCAUUAGUGACGCCGAGGAAGGGGAUGAUCGGACACAACCCCAUAUGACUGCAAAGAUCAACAACAAUGGUAAUUACUAUCAUUUUUAUCCCCCCCUUUUAUCCUGAAUGCCCAGGUAUUUUAUG